AUGGUACAGUGUGGGCCUUUCUCAAUACAUUGGGGUCUUGAUGCAAUCCAGAACGUUUCCGUGUCGUUAUUUUCACAAGAACCUCGUCUCUCUCUCUACCACCACCACCCCAAUUUGAUUUUUAGGAGAAGGUCCCCUCGAGACCCUCGAAUAAGUGGACCUGCUGGAUCGGUCAAGUGGCACCAGACAUGGGGCACGAGGUACGACCACCCUCCGAACAAUGGAUUAAAGAGGUACCACGCAGACAGUGAGACAGUGGGAGAGUCCCCCACCACUUCACUAGAGUGUCACGGACGGACAUCGGAGAGCCAGCGCCGAGCGUUGGGCAUCUUUCAGGACAACUGGCACAAGCGCCGAAAGACCUGGGGUAAGCGAAAACCCUACCACAAGAAGCGAAAGUAUGAGCUGGGACGGCCCGCUGCCAACACGAAGAUUGGCCCUCGCCGCAUACACACAGUCCGAGUUCGAGGAGGCAAUAAGAAGUACCGUGCCCUGAGAUUGGAUGUGGGGAACUUUUCCUGGGGCUCUGAGUGUUGUACUCGCAAAACAAGGAUCAUUGAUGUUGUCUACAAUGCAUCCAACAACGAGCUUGUCCGCACCAAGACCCUGGUGAAGAACUGCAUCGUGCUUAUUGACAGCACACCGUACCGACAGUGGUACGAGUCCCACUGUGCACUGCCCCUGGGCCGCAAGAAGGGGGCCAAGCUGACUCCUGAGGAGGAAGAGAUUUUAAACAAAAAACGAUCAAAGAAAAUUCAAAAGAAAUACGACGAAAGGAAAAAGAAUGCCAAAAUCAGCAGCCUCCUGGAGGAGCAGUUCCAGCAGGGCAAGCUUCUAGCCUGUAUUGCCUCACGACCAGGCCAGUGUGGCAGAGCAGACGGCUAUGUGCUCGAAGGCAAGGAGCUGGAGUUCUAUCUGUGGAAGAUCAAAGCCCGGAAAGGCAAAUGAGCCUCACUCGUAGUGUAAUAAAGGUGUCUGCUGUUCUAAAAAAAAAAAAAAAAAAAAAAAAAAAAAA